AGUCAGACGAUUCCAAACACACAGACGAACCACAGUAUCCACACUCACAGGAGACUUUCUGAGACAGGCCUGAUGAAGACCUUAAAUCUCACCUUACCGACAAUGAGGAGGAAUAGUAAAGAGAAGACUCCUGAAGAUCUCAGCAGCAGCAGCGCCGCCGCGUGUGAGGCGAUGUCUGAAGAGGAGCAGCCCCGGAGAAAGUCCUCCAGCGGAUCAGGGGAGGAGAAGCGCAGACAGAAGAUUAAACUCCCCAGCAGACUGAAGAUCACAAGCUUUAUCAAACGACACAGGACCAAAUCCUCUCCCACAGACUCUCUACCAGAAGUUCCAGUGGUCUUGGAUUUCAACCAGAACCUCGAACAAAAUCUUUUGGCAGAAGCAAGUCAGCAGCUUUUAGCACGUGAGGAGCAACUUUUCAGCUCAGAAUCAGCAGAUGAGCAGGGCAGUCGCUCAGAGGAGGAGGAGGACCAGCUUCAAAAGGACUAUGAGAUCCUGGUGCUGCGUCUUUGGAUGGCCAUCCAUGAUUCCUUCAACGCUAAGAAUCAGGACACACUGAAGAGUGCUGUGACAGUUAUACUUCAGGAGGAGGAGCGAGAUAGGUGCUGGGAGGAGGUGGCUGCUGACAGUCGUCCUGUUUGGAGGCCGAGGAAGUGCAGACAGACCCAUGAUAUGCUUCUUGAGAAAGUAGUGGAGAAACGGAUUCAGGAGGCAAACGAGGAAGAGAGUGGAGCAGACAAUCUGUCCACCUCCCUGAAGAAAGACAUUUGCCGAAUGGGCAAGCGCAUCCAGAAGGACCUGCUCCGCGUGGUCAGAGAUGUGCAGGGAUGUUACACACCAGAGUUUGACGUGUGCAACUUGUACACUCAGCUGUACCACAAAGCAUUCUCCAUGAAACUCCAAGAAAUAUCUCGAACCAACAUCGAGGUGGAGGACUGCGUCUACAUUCUGAGCUGGAUUAAUAAUUAUUAUCCAAACGAUGUAUUGCAGCAGAAGGAACUAGAGUCACACAUCAAGACUGAGGAACUAGGACCAUUGUUACCGCCAGAGGAUUAUAAGUCUCUGGAGGACCAAUAUUUAUUGCACAAAGAAGCUGAGGUCAGGACCUGGUUUUCCACUGCUCUGAAGAAAGAGGAGGAACAGUGGCAGUCUAACAAAAGACCUGAGCUGUUUGAUGGCUACUACAUUUCCAACCUUGCCUUGGACAUUAUACAUCUGGUUGAUGGAGCCAAGAAAGAGGUCAAAUCUAUUCUGUGUAAUGAGGAAAAAUCUCAGAGGAUUUUGCUUCAGCUGACGAGCUUCCUGGCAAGCUAUAAAAAAUCUGUUGCUGAAUUUAUUAAAGGGAAGCACAAGAAAGACUGCGACAUCCCUGUCACACUGAAAGCCAGUCUGGUCAGCAUCAAGCAGUUCAGGGAAUACAUAGAAAAAUGCGAAAACCUUCCGGAUGAUGUUAAAGCAGAUUGUCUGUCCAUUACAGCGGAUCUGAGAGAUUUGUGUCACACACACAUCCUCAGUCCCAUACAAAAGGAGCUCAAGGAGCAUUAUCGAAAGCUGUGGGUUCCAGUGUGGUUUUCAGACAGCCAUGAUAUCAUCGGAGAUUUAAUUAAAGCUCUGGAAGAUCAGGUGCAACAGUUCUCAGACAUAAAGCCUGCAUGUAAAGAGGAGCUCUUAAAUCAGCUGCAUGUUGAGGUCAUGGCCAAAUAUACAAAAAGGAUGCUGAAAAGGAAACUGAAACUGAAAGACAAGGAUGAGCAGGAGAAAGCUGCAGACUUUCUCUGUAGGGACAGCAACCGAAUCAACACCCUGUUUAUCGAAAUGGGGUCCAAAGAGGAAUGGCUGUCUGAUGUAUUACCCAAGAUGUCAGAGGUAUUGAGAGUGCAGGAUGCUGGGGCACUGCAGCUUGAGAUAGUUACUCUGGCAAGAGACUAUUCAGAUAUAAAUGAACGACAGGUCCAUGCCCUCCUGCAGCUGAAGACUAACCUCACCAGUGCGGAUGUGCGCAACAUUAAAAGCAGCUUGCAUGAGAACCGAACUUCAGUCAGCUCUGAGCCUGUACGACCAUUCUUCUGCUAUGUGACUGUUAAAAAAACACUCAUGUAAAUAAAUGUUAGCAAGUUAACAAGUUAGCUAAUGCUGUGAAGGGCUUCUGAUGUUGCUAAUGUGAUGCAAAACCUUCUUAUAUAAUAUUACUAUCAUCAUAUCACAGUGUUACAGCAUCAAAGGUGAUACAGCACCUAAAUGUGCUCUAAAUGUUCUAAAUAGGUUUAGAGAGUCUAAGAGAGACAGAGACAGAGAGAGAGCAAGAUAGAGGCUGGUUCUAUUCCAAGACUUGAGUCACAUCCAAGUUCUGUCAGAUGGUUUUUCAUCCUUGAAUAGACUAGGUAUGUGAUUUGCCUAACAAGAAAUCAGAUUGGGAAGUAACACGAGAGCUUUUCUGCACACAUUAGAAGCCCCAUGAUUCUUCUACAACAUCAUUUUAUUCUUGCUGUUCCAGUUGUCAGUUCUUUAUUACAGAAUGAAUUGCUGCAUUUCUAUCUCUAUGUGUAUCACAAUGUCUACUUCCAUAAACUAGAACCAAAUAAACAAAAUGUA